ACCUGACCCCCAGGGCCUCCUUCGAGUGUUGCAGCCGUUGAUUUAGGCCGUUCUUUCGGCCCAGAGUUCCCGCAGCGAUGGCGAGUCAGUUGCAGGGCAUCCAGCAGCUGCUGCAGGCUGAGAAGCGGGCGGCCGAGAAGGUGUCCGAGGCCGGCAAGCGAAAGAAUCGGAGGCUGAAGCAGGCCAAAGAAGAAGCCCAGGCUGAGAUUGAACAGUACCGCCUGCAGAGGGAGGAGUUCAAGGCCAAGGAAGCUGCGGCACUGGGAUCCCAUGGCAGUUGUAGCAGUGAGGUGGAGAAGGAGACCCAGGAGAAGAUGACUGUCCUCCAGAACUACUUCCAUCAGAACAGGGAUGAAGUCCUGGAUAACCCCUUGGCCUUUGUGUGUGACAUCCGGCCAGAAAUCCAUGAAAACUACCGCAUAAACGGAUGGGAGGUGGAAGCACCUGCCUUGUGGGUUGGCAUGGGAGAUGCCCGAAAAGAGUAGGAAAACCUCCCAGAGCUCGAGUUCUGUUCGGGAAGGCAUUAAAAUUCACUAUGCUGUUGUAGAUCCCUUCACUUGUUGAGAGUAUCAAAUCUAGCUUUUUGUAUAUCUUAGUAAGUACCUGAAGUUCCAUCUUUUUACCUUGUGUGUCUUUAAGGAGUAUA